AUGACGCGGACGAAUGUAUGGAGACGAAUCAGUGACUUUGUCACCGCCGUCGUCGAUCCGGCGCUCGACGCCGUGGACGGCGGUGAAGACGACGGACUCGGACCUUCAUCGCCCGAAGUCGCGCUCGCGACGUACCUGAGAGUGGAGAGCGCGGCGCAGCGCGAGGCGAUGGUGCGAGGCGGGGCGCUCGCGGCGGCGCCGGCGGCGCGAAGGAUAAUUACGAAUGACGACGCGCGCGACGCCGCGGCGGUGUUGAAGCGCGAUGGGGCGGUAUUUUUGAAAGAUGUCGUCCCGCACGAUGCGUGUGAUGCGGUGCUCGGGGAGUUGAACGUGAUUUGUGAUUCCGUCAAGGCGACGUACGGGGACGCGUUGCGGCGCACCGACGUCAAGCUCGGAUUCGAUGGGGCCACGCGUGAUUUGCUGUUGCGAGCGUGCGGUCGAGGAGGGGUGAAUUCGAUAUUAGAGCACGUCGAAGACGCAACUGCGGAGGCGAUGAUGGUGGAGAUGAGCGUGCUGGCGACAGAACGAGGGGCGGAUAGACAAGUUUUGCAUCCGGAUGUGGCGUUCGACGCGCCGCACGCGCCGCUGUAUUCUUUGUUCAUAGCGCUACAAGACGUCAUCCCGGAGAUGGGACCGACGUGUUUUGUGCUCGGCACGCAAGACAAGGCGUCACACGACGCGUUUCCGGUGACGAAGUGGAACGAAGAACAGUUUGCGCGACUCGCCAAAUCGAGGUGUUGCGACGCCGAGUUGCGUAAAGGCGAUGCCGUGUUGUACGAUGCGCGCACAUUUCACCAAGGCGGUGCGAACGAAUACGGGCGUCGCGCGUUGAUGACGCUGACGUUUUUGAAACCUCCCAUUCCUGACGCCCCGACGCGUAGAAAUGCGGGCGCGGAGUGGAGCAUACGAAGCGACGUCUUCGACAUGCGCCUCACGGCGGGACGCAUGGCGUCCAUGGAUUCGUCGUCGUAUAAUCAUUAA